GAUAAGUGCAUAAACUGUGGAGGGGAAGGAGAUUGUAGGGACGGAUCACAUUAGUAUUCCUGUCCUAUCAAUGUGCGGGGCCACAACCAACGUCAGCCGGACCGACUCCGUGCGUCUGCCAGUCCCGCCACGGAUUCAUCUGGGAUUCUCACACAGCCAAGCUCAUGGAGACUGAGGGAUCAAGGCGGCCCGAUUAGCGCCAAUCGCCUGCUGCGGAACAGCUCGCCCCUUCUAGGUCUGGCGAGCGUGGAGGGAGGGGAGAGGCGAGCCGCGCGCGCCGCUGCGGGAAGACACCGAAGCAAGAGCGACACCCCCUCCCGCACCCCCCUCCCCCGCAGCGCAGGCUUUGAACGCCGCUUCCUCCCCCUUCUGAAUGGAAACUCGGAGCCGCCCGGUGGCGCGUUCCUCCUCGCUCAGCCUGUCAAUCCAUGCCGAGAGGAAGGCGGUGCAAGCCCGCGCCAGCAGCGUCCAGCUCCCGGGACAGGGCCGGCAAUGCUGCUGAGCAGAACUUGAUCGCGUCUCUCCAUCGCUGCUAGCGGAAGCGAUGCUGCACCGCACAGGCAGCGCUUCCCCGGCUCUCCUUCAAGCUGAAGGUUACCCACCCGCGCAGCCAGCCGCAACCUUGUGAGCCGCGCGCGCCUCAGGUCCGGGCUCUGGCUGCUCCGCGGCGGCGUGCAGGGGCAACCACCGGGCCGCCCGCUCCGGGGCGCACUGCACCAGCGGCUUCGGCUUCGUGGAUGUGUAUGCAUGAGUUCUGCACCGAAUGGGCGCAAAAAGCGCCCCAGCCGGUCCACCCGCUCCUCGAUCUUCCAGAUCAGCAAGCCUCCGCUGCAGAGCGGGGAUUGGGAGCGCAGGGGCAGCGGCUCCGAAAGCGCCCACAAAACCCAACGAGCCCUGGACGACUGCAAGAUGCUUGUCCAAGAGUUCAAUACGCAAGUGGCCCUGUAUCGAGAGUUGGUCAUUUCUAUUGGGGAUGUCUCGGUCAGCUGCCCCUCUCUGCGAGCGGAAAUGCACAAGACAAGAACCAAAGGCUGUGAAAUGGCCCGUCAGGCACACCAAAAGCUGGCUGCCAUCUCAGGCCCGGAAGAUGGUGAGAUCCAUCCCGAAAUCUGCCGGCUUUACAUCCAGCUGCAGUGUUGCCUAGAGAUGUACACGACGGAGAUGCUGAAAUCCAUUUGUCUGCUGGGGUCUCUUCAAUUUCAUCGAAAAGGAAAAGAAGCUAGUGGGGGAGUGAAGAGUUUGGACAGCAAAACUGAGGAGAAUGCUGAAACACCUGCCCUGGAGGACUCCUUGUCAUCCCCUCUAGAUAGCCAGCAGCAGUCCUGGCAGGUCGCCACAGAUAUUGAAAACACUGAAAGAGACAUGAGAGAAAUGAAAAACCUUCUUAGCAAACUCAGGGAAACGAUGCCUUUACCACUGAAAAAUCAAGAUGACAGCAGCCUUCUGAAUCUAACUCCCUACCCCAUGGUCAGAAGACGGAAGAGAAGGUUCUUUGGGUUAUGUUGUCUUGUCUCAAGCUAGGUGGUUCCCCCAGAAACUCACCACCGAGAUCACCUGAAAAACACCACAGAACCGGAAGACCUCCACACAGCGGGACACCGACACCGAGAACGGUUUUGGCCAUGUUUUCUACACUUCCUUAUUACUUUUAUCUGCCUCUCCCUGCCCUUUUCAAUGAUUUCACACUUGAAAGCAGCUGCCAUCAAGAAAAAAAGAAAGAAAGACCAGACUCAAAGAGGCGCAGCCUGUUUUUAAAGGGAUUUUUUUAAAAGUUGACAUUGUGCAUGUCUGCUCUGAACCAUGCCGUGACAGAUGCAAGAAUUAUGAUUUUUAAAUUAUUUAAAGGUUUUUUUAAAUGUAUUAUACAGAAAAGAAUAUUUCACAUAUAAUAGUAUAUCUGUAACUCUUGCUGAUAUCAUGUUAACAAUUUAUCAGAUAUAAAAAAUGACUCUAAAUAUAGAAAUCUAUUUAAAACAGCAAAACUGUUCAAGAAUCCAAUCUGUGAGUAUCAUUAGAAAUAUUAUAACCAAACACACGCCACCUCAUGUGUUGCUUUCUCUGCACUCACAUUUAGUCUUCCAUUCUGUCAGAAUUUGUAAGUGUCAAUGUAAAAAAAAAAAAAUCUUAAUUUAUAAUGCAACAGCAUCAUAUAUGAAAAUACAUUUUGUAAAUACACAGUAAUCCUACUAUCUUUGAACAAUGCAUAUGGGCAACUAACUUUCUUUUAAUCCAAUGGUGUCUUUUUAAGUUCUUGGAAAAUGAAGUUAUCCAGUUAAAAAAUGGUGUAGUAACAUAUACAAUUACCCACAGAUGUAAAAUUGUUUGAAUUGAAACCUGAAGCAUGGGUCCACACAUCAGCAUAGUGUUAAACCUUAUAGGGCAUGCUGGAAUUAGCUCAGAUCAUAAAACUAUUGAACAUUUUACAUUAUUAAUGAAAAAAGAUGUUUUAGUUAAGCUUGGCUUGUCUCAUUUUAGAUGACUAUGCAGAUAUGACUUUUCCAAUGUGUACUCUGUGUCCUGUCUUAUGCUUGGACUCUUGCGAACAGGACACAUCAAGCAAUACUGUAUUUUAGAAAAGAGGGAGCCACACGCUGUGUUGUUCUGCUCAUGGCUCUGCUGCGCUCUUUUUUUCCACAGACUUGUAAUAUGCUACAAAUCCUGUUUUAUUUCCCCCUGUCCUUCCUUUGACCUUUUUCCUGGAUGAAAUUUCCCAGGAGUCUUUGCACUUUUGUUCCCUGCUCUGAAAGAUCUCCAAGUCAGACCAGAGGCACAGGUGUCCAAUCUUAAGAGGGACAGACUAGCUGCCUUCAGGUGGCUUUAAUCCCAGCCCUGAGGAGGCACUUAUAUGUAUAUUAAUAUUCUGGCCUAAAAAAUAAAUAUUUCAAAGCCUUUCACUUUAUGGAAGAUGGAGAAAGUGUGAAUAAUUAUUGUAUUAGGUUGAAUUCUAUGAAAUGGCUGCUAUUUGACUGUUUUGAUCUAUAUUUAAACAAAAAAAAAAAGCAAUUUCCCAGAGUUCAACCUAAAAUCUACAAAGGUGAUCAUUCAGCACUUGGAAUUGUCUCCUAUCUAAAUGUAUCAAAAGUGAAAGAAUUCAGGGAUAGAAGAGGUCUCCAAAGUCUAUCUUGGUCUGCAUUUCAAUUCCACUAGUCAGUGUUGGCCAUGUUCUUGGUACACCCCACCCCACUCCCAACUAUGCUGCACUAAGCUGGUCGCUGAUGUACUGUUACUAGUAUGCGUGGAUUCAGUAAGAGAGGGACUUUUGGCAAGUUAUAUGAGACGAUUAUAACUUUCUGAAUGGAAUGUUCAUGAAA